AUAUAUAAAUAAAAAUAUAUAUAUAACCGCGCGGAGCCGCGAGGAACGGACGGACCGGGCGCGCGAGAGGGAAUAUACACAGGCGGGGAGUUCGCAGGGAGCGCGCGGGGUUUCUUCUUCUUUAAAACAAACUAAAUAUAAGACUUUAUUUCUCCUCCUUCACACCAGCUUUAUUCCGCGCGCUUCACCGGACAGACUGCGGAGACGGGAGGAGCGCGAGCUGACCGGCAGGUGCGGACACCGGAACCCAUCGGAUUUUAUAUAUUUUUGGAUUUAUUUUUUUUUCGCAAAAUAAAAACAAUAAUCUGAAGACGCGCGCGCACUUUGGCACCACCGUGGACCAGCCAGCCACGAGCUCAAAUAGAGAGAGAGAGAGAGAGAAAGAAAAGAGAGAAAGAAAAGAGAGAGAGAAAAGAGAGAGGAGAGACCUCAGAUAACCUUCACUCCACUCUUUAUUAUUAUUAAUCCACCGCAGAGGAAAUAAUUUCUAAAAAUCACACUCAUCAUGUCAGCACAACUCCGCUUCAUUCCACGCGUGUUUUUAAACGACCGCUAUUAAUUUGAUAUCAGUGUUUAUUGGAGUUCUCUUUCUUCCUGUGGUCAGAAAUAAUCCGGUUCUGAUUUAUUUAUCAUCACUUUUCUCUCUCAGGAUGAAGGAAGGCGGUGCUGCGGGGGAGAGUCGGUGAUGAAACCGGUUCAAUUUUACUACAGAGCUACAGAUUAAAGGUUACUAUAAAACUACAGAUUAAAAUUUACUAAAGGACUACAGAUUAAAAUUUACUACAAAACAACAGAUUAACAUUUUCUACAGAAGUACAGAUUAAAUAUUACAGAGCUACAGAUUAAAAUUUACAGAACUACAGACUAAAUUUUACUACAGACCUAAAGAUUAAGUACAGAUUAACUACAGGCAAAAUUUUAUAGAACUACAGAUUCAAGUUUACUACAGAACUACAGAUUCAGUGUUACAGAACUACAGACUAAGUUUUACAAAACUACAGAUUAAAUUUGACAGAACUCCCGAUUAAACUGUACAGAGCUACAGUUCAAAUUUAGCGACUCUAAACAGCAGUGGAUAAAAUACAGAUCAUACAUAUAUACAUUUACAGAAAUAUGUAGAAAGUUUAAAGUUUAAAACAGGAAAGGCGGUAUGCUUGUAUUCUUCUUUUAUUCUCUGUUUUAUAAUCUGCUCUGUAGAAUAAAGAUGGGCAGUUUCAUUGUUUUCUCGCUGCUCUGAUAUUCAGAAUAUUCACAAACAAAAACAGCAAAGCCGCAACAACAAGGCUAAUUUUGCUAUAAUUACCGACAUAAAGUCGCGCUGCAGGUGUUGCUGCUGUACUGGUGUUAAACACUAGGGUUAGUGGGUUAGUUAUGUGUUUAUAGGGCUCAAGCUGCAUUUUAUUCACUUUUUGCUGCUAUUUCGAGUAGUUUGGGUUUUGAUUGCCACAAAAGAUUAUGAGAUCAUAAAUACACAUAAAUAAAUAAAACAGGUGCGGCAGUUAUCAACCCGAUCAUAUUAAUUAUAUAUUGAUUGAAUAGUUCGCAGCGUAAAGCUCACGCAGGUAUAAAGAUGCUGUUAAGACUACUGGCUGUUGUUCUCGUGAUAUUUCACACGUGGCUGCUAAACUCGGCUAAGUCCGACCCAGUUCAGCGCUAUAAGCGGGGUCUGGCCCAGCGUGCGGACCGGUCCCAGGCUGCUUUGGGACAGGAGCAGUGCGGUUCUAUGAGCCGGAGGCGACUGGCCAGGUCCGCGGCUCAACACCACCAACUAGCGGCUUUGACUGGUCGGUACAGCCGGCUGUCGGAGCUUCAUUACAGGAUAGCAAGGUCCUCCUGCUCGGGAGGAUGCAACCUGGACGGGAUGCAUGAUGGACCUUCAUGGGAGAGCCAAAAAGGGUUGCAAAAAAGACCCUAUAAAUCAGAUCAUAAAGCUGAUGGAUGGAUGAUGGGUGCAUGGAGAUCCCGCUUGAAACGCAAAAGGAAUAAAAGUCCGGACUCUGCUGACCCCAACUCUUCUACCACUAAAUCUUACACCGUGUCCAGAGGACUGAGCAGAGUUUGGAAUGGUAAAACAUUAGACAGUAGAGUUCACAGGUUGUCCCAACUGAGGGAAGCAAGAGGCGUUGGAGUGGACAGCUUCCCUUCAGCGAAAAGAGUUCCUCGAAGUCCAGCAGAAAUCCACAGUGACUCAAAGGUGCAUCCAGGUGACCCUGAGUUGGAGAAUGAUGUUCGCAGCUCUGAGGGGGGCUCGGACUACUCAGGCGAACAGGAGGGCCAAGCUGGUCAAGGAGCAGCAGAGCGAUGGGGGGCAGUGGUCCAGGACCUUCCUCUUAAGUGGAUGACAGCCCUCUACUUCAGCGGCCAAAAGGAGCAGCUGAGGGUGAACCCCGUGGCCGACGUGGAGCUCCCACGCUCCAGGUUCACCUUGGAGCUGUGGGUCAAGCUAGAAGGAGGUCAGAACAAUCCGGCCAUCAUAGCAGGUGUGUUUGACAACUGCUCCCACGCCCACAACGAGAGAGGGUGGUCUGUCGGGGUCAGGACGCUGAAACCCGGCGGCAGAAAAGACGCCAGGUUCUUCUUCACCCUCCGCACAGACCGCGCCCUCAAAUCCACCACGCUCGUCGGGCACCAGCACUACCAACCCAGCGUCUGGACUCACGUGGUGGCCUGGUACGAUGGCCACCGGAUGGCGCUGUUUAUAGAUGGCUCAAAGGUUGCCGAGAGCAGACAGCAGUCUGGGGACAUUUACAGCCCCUUUAUAAAGAGUUGCCGCAUGCUCCUUCUGGGAGGGGACCAGUCCAGCACAGGCCAUGGGUUUAGAGGAUAUCUAGGUGGUGUAGUUCUGUGGAAUCAUGCCCACCCUCAGGACCUGCUGUCGAAGCUCUUCAAGAGCUUCACCAAACACUCUUUUGAGCAUGAGCCCCCCCUCCUGGUCCUGUGGGCCGACUUCUCUGAGGUGGAGCAGCAAUGGAUGCCGUACAAAUCUCGCCACCAUCCAACCGUCGUGGCCUUGCCGGCACCGGAACAGGCGCUGGUGUCACCGUUCCUGCCUCCACCAUGUGGGGUGACUAUCUGUGACAAUCCCGAUGUCAUCUUAAGCUACAGCCAACACUGGCAGCUGCGUGCCAGCAAGCGACUGCGCUACCGCGUGGUGAACGUCUGCGCCGAUGACGGCAGCCGCCCCACCGUCUCGCAGCAGCAGAUCCAGCAGCAGCACCAGGCUCUGGAGGAGGCAUUCCGGCCGUACAACCUGACGCUGGAGCUCAGCGUGCUCAACGUACGCAACUCCUCGCUGCAGGGACGCUUCAUUCUCAGUAACUGCCACGUCGCCAAGGUGGGCAACAGGCACUGCGACCGUGAGUGCGACCACCCGCUGACUGGACAUGACGGCGGGGACUGCCUGCGUCUAGGAACCUGCUACAACUGGAUGAGGGGCGACGGCGUCUGCAACCCGGAGUGCAAUGGUAUCCAUUACGACUACGACGAUGGAGACUGUUGCGAUCCACAGAUCACCGACGUGGCGAGGACCUGCUUUGACCCGGAAUCUCCUGAAAGGGCUUAUCUUAGUGUGAAGGAACUGAAGGAACUGCUUCACCUGAGCAGCUCCGACACGCUCAACGUCUUCUUCGCCAACAAUUCUGCAUGGGAAGAUCUCGCCGGCGCUGCCACCUGGCCCUGGGCCAAAGAGGCUCUCACACAUCAAGGUGGAAUGAUCCUGAACCCUUCCUAUUUCGGAACUGUUGGACACAACACCAUGAUCCAUGAGAUGGGUCACAUCUUCGGGCUGUACCAUGUGUUUAAGGGGGUGAGUGAGAGGGAAUCGUGUGAUGAUCCUUGCAGGGAAACUACAGCAUCUAUGGAAACUGGAGAUCUGUGCGCCGACACGGAGCCGUCCCCAAAAUCUAAAGUCUGCAGAGACCCCGACCCCGUCAACGAUACCUGCGGACUCACCCAGUACCACAACACACCCUACACCAACUACAUGAGCUACACAGAUGAUAACUGCACCAAUCAGUUCACUCCACACCAGGUAGCUCGGAUGCACUGCUACAUCGACCUCACCUACAGCAACUGGGUUCAGAGCAAGAAACCCACCCCCGUUCCACUAGCGCCUAUGAUAAUUGGUCAAUAUGAAGACUCGGUCUCUAUUCAUUGGCUGCAUCCAGUGAGUGGACCUCUUAGACAAAGGGAGGAGGGGGUGAAUUGCCAGUUGUGUGAUGAACAUGGAGUGCUUCACCAGUACGCCUUUGAGGCCACGUCUCCUCAUACCUGCGAUACCAGCGGGUACUGGACUCCAGAGGAAGCAGUGGGUGCUCCAGAUGUGUACCAGGUAUGUGAGCCCAGCAUGCGAACCUGGAGCCCCGAGUUCAGCCUCUAUGAGGCCAAUAUGACCUCCCCCUGUCCCCAGACUGAGGGCUGUGUUCUCCAGCUCUACUUCCAGCACCCAGUGAUCCCAGACACCAUAACCAUCUGGAUCACCUACAUCUCCACCAACAGUCAAGCCAUCUCUAACCUGGAAUUCAUCCUGGAAACGGGCGAGUCUCUUCACGCUGGUCCUCAGCAGGUCUUCUGUGACGUUCCGCUGACUCUGAGGGUGAACACCAACAAGAAGGUGAAAGCCAUCAAAAUGUGCACUUUUGAUAAGAAGCUGGAGAUCGACGCCGCCCUGCUGACGUCUCGACCCCAGAACCCGCUCUGCUCGCGCUGCCGGCCUCUGCUGUACCGCGUCCUGAGAGAACCCGCCAUCAGGGAGGACUGGAGUCCUGUCAUCCUCAAACAGAACACAUACACGGACAGUGAUGUUGGGCGAGGAGAGAGGUAUGAGUACAGGAUUCAGGUGGAGGUGGACGGUGUGCUGAGUGAACUUUCUCCACCGCUGGUCUACACCCACGGAGAGCAUUACUGUGGAGACGGCCAGCAGCAGGGGAACGAGGAAUGUGACGACGGGAAUCUGCUGGAUGGAGACGGCUGCUCCAAAAAAUGCCGCAUUGAGCCGGGCUUCAACUGUGCGGGUCGGCCGAGUCGAUGUUAUAUAUUCGAGGGUGAUGGAGUGUGUGAGGAGUUUGAGAGAGGAUCCAGUGUAAGAGACUGUGGGUUCUUCACCCCUGAGGGUUUCAUUGACCAAUGGGCUUCCAGCGCCACGGCCUCCCAUCAGGACCAGCACUGCUCUGCUCUCGCUGCUACAGGGAUGCCUGAUCUCAGUCAGAUGUGCAGGUCUCAGUACGUAGAGAUGAACGAUGCUCUGAGCCGGGAGGCGUGGGUCCCUUACUCCGCCCACCUCAACCCCCACCCCCACCACGAGCACGGCCAGCCGGCGUGGCUGAGGGUGGAGUUUGAAAGACCUGGAAUAGCAGCUUCAGUCCUCAUUUACCUGGCGUACGACGGGGGAAUGCACGGAGAAAACUGCAGGAAAACAGUCCAUAUACAGCUCUGUGACACCAACGGCCUCAACCACACACUCGGUACCUACGAGCUGUCGUGUCAGCGUAACCCCCUGGUGGUGAACGUCACUCACAACCUGAGUUUACCAUUUUACCAAACGGCCGCGGUUCUGCUGAACUUCUCCACGGUUCACGUGGCGGUGCUGGGGGUUGCCCUGCGUACGUCCUGCCAUUUCAGCGCCUUCGCCCUGACUGGGUGUGUACGCAGACCCUGUACCAUGGACUCGUGCAGUGCUGUGAAGGUGGAUCAUGCGUUUGUUAACUGUACUCCCGACACACACCCCACACACUGCUCUGUUUCCUGCCAUCGAGGAUACACUCUCAGUGUGCUGAGCGGCUCAGGACUUCAGCCUCAGCAGAGAGAGGUGGAUCUGGUGUGUGAGAGCGGUGUUUGGGAUCGGAUGAUCACCUGCCAGCCUGUAGACUGCGGCGUUCCCAACGAGUCCCACGUCUACUUCUCCUCCUUCUCCUGCCCCUGGGGCACGACGUUCGGAAAACAGUGUACCUUUACCUGCAGAGCUCCUGCCAUCCUGCAGGGUGAGAGUGAUACCCUGGCGUGUCUGGAAGACGGGUUGUGGUCGUUUCCUGAAGCUUACUGUAAAAUUGAGUGUCUGGAUCCACCAGUGAUUCCUAAUGCUAAACUGCUGGUGCCGCAGUGUGAGGGCAGCCGGCAUGACGUCGGCACGGUGUGCAGCUACAAGUGCAGCCCCGGCUACUUCGUCACUGGAACACUCAGUAAAAAAAAUAAGAGGAGGAUACUGAGGUUGGAGUGUAUGGAGGGUGGGAGGUGGCAGCAGGGGGGCUGUACCCCGGUCUCGUGCCCGUCUCUGCCCGCUGUGUUUGAGGGCAUGUACUCCUGUACCAACUGGCGGGACUUUAACAGUGUCUGCACCCUGCACUGCCCCAACCCCACAGAGAGGUAUUCGAUUCGCUGCACUCAGGACGGCAGGUGGACUGAGGAUUUCUCUAUGUGUGAGAGGAUAAAGGGGGCGUGUCCGGCUCCUCAGGUGCUGAACUUUGUGGAGUACACCUGUGAUAACGGACUUGGUGUAGGUGCGGUCUGCUACCCAACAUGCAUUGUGGCCCUGAGUGACCCUGUGGUGUUGGCUGAGAACUCUACAGCCGAUACUCUCAAACACUGGGUUGUGCCCACCAGAGUUGAGAGUGUUGUGUGUACAGGAACAAUGAAGUGGCAUCCAAACCCGGAGCAGAUCCACUGCAUACAGUCCUGUGAGCCGUUUGGUGGGGAUGGCUGGUGCGACACCAUCAAUAACAGAGCUUACUGUCAGUACGACGGAGGAGACUGCUGCCCCUCCACUCUCUCCACCAGAAAGGUGAUCCAGUUCGGGGUGGACUGUGAUAAUGACGAGUGUACCUGUCGAGACCCCGAGGCCGAGGAGAACAAGAACCGAGCCGAGCGUCUAGAACCCGGAGCUCCGUGAGACGACAAACUUCAGCACUGCCUCCUGGAGAAACAUCUCAGAAAAGAAGAAGAAGAAGAAUCUGCAGAACCCAAAACAGCAGCAGCAGCAGCAGCUCCACACCUCCUUCCAAUCUAUAAUCUAUAAAAUAUCCACUAAUAUAUUUUGAGAAGUUCUAACAUAGCAGUAGAUACGUGUAGAUAUGACAUAUUUGAUCAAUAUAUCUUAAAAUCAUUUAUAUUAAAAACAUAGGAACCAAGAAAACGGACAAUAAAUCUUUCAUAUAUUUAUAUAUAGUUUUAUAAAAAUGCUGUUCUGACUGAUCCUGUAGUUUAGAUUAGCUCCACAUAUCCUCCUCUGUUAAUAAUCAAUAACGUCUUCAGCAGCACAGGCCUAUAUAUCAGUGUAUAUAUCACAAUAUAUGCAUGAAUACCAAUACAGAUACGCAAAUACAUACACCUGAAAUAUACAGUCUGCUAUAACUCUCUACUGUUGUGUCCCUCAGUGUGUGGUUUUACUGAUAUAUUAUCAAUAAAGUGAACACAAGAAAAAAAC